UGGGCUGUGCCUGCCUGCCUUCCCGUGUGUGUGAUCCGCGCAGCAGUCGUCGCGGUUCUCCACCUAGCCUUUGCUAGCUGUGUGUAUUUUUUUUUCUCCUCGGAAGGCGAAGCCCGUACAGGAGCAUAUCAGGGUCCCUUUUGUAAACAACGGUUUUUUCUCCCUUCUCCCUUUUCCUGGUUUUUCUUUUUGUUUGUUUUUAGUUUUUGUUCAAUUCAUUUUGGAGCGGAGAGAACAGCUUCGCCAUCACAGAGCUGCAGCCAGUUGUUUUCAUGGUCUGGGGUCAGUCUGUACCCACUGACAGACACAAGCCUUGUGAGUCAGAUCACAGGAGCAAAUAUGAGUACAGCCAAGCCCAGUGGGAUCAAAGUGCCCAGCAAGAUAGCCAGGCCACCAGGAACAGGAGCCCCCAAGACCAACCCCAGCGCUGCUAAAGUUGCUGCUGCUGACAAAUCAGCUGCAAGUGCCAGUGGAGGAGAUGCCAAGAACACUGAGGAGAACUUCCAGACUGGGGAGCGAGUAUGGGUGAAUGGGAACAAGCCGGGCUACAUACAGUUUUUGGGAGAGACACAGUUCGCCCCGGGACAGUGGGCUGGGAUUGUUCUAGAUGAGCCGAUCGGGAAGAAUGACGGGUCGGUUGCAGGGGUGCGCUACUUCCAGUGCGAAGCCCUGCGAGGGAUAUUUACCCGCCCAUCCAAGUUGUCUCGCACAGAGGGGGAGGCUAAUGGGACCCAGACAGCACCACCCUCCCGCGCUGCAUCACCCACUCCUUCGGUUGGAAGUGUAGCCUCGCAGACACCCGCCACUAAAUCAUCAUUACCCUCAACUACUACGUCAGCCAAGAAGGCCUCCUCUGCUACACCAGCUACACCGGCUACACCAGCUACACCAUCUUCCAACCUCGCACGCACGAACAGUGAAUCUGUCUCCAACCUCUCAGAGACUGGAUCAGUCAAGAAGGGGGAACGUGAACUGAAGAUGGGUGACCGUGUUUUGGUUGGUGGUACAAAAGCUGGAGUGGUGCGUUUUCUUGGCGAAACAGAUUUUGCAAAAGGCGAGUGGUGUGGUGUGGAACUGGAUGAGCCCUUGGGAAAGAAUGAUGGCGCAGUAGCAGGCACGAGAUACUUUCAGUGCCAACCCAAGUAUGGCUUAUUUGCUCCAGUGCACAAAGUCACACGCAUUGGCUUCCCUUCCACCACGCCAGCCAAAGCAAAAACGACAGUUCGGAAAGUAGUGGCUACACCGUCAGGGCUGAAGAGAAGCCCAAGUGCCUCAUCCAUCAGUACCAUGAGUUCUGUGGCAUCUUCUGUUAGCGCUAAGCCCAGCCGCACAGGCCUGCUAACUGAGACAUCAUCAAGGUAUAAUCGAAAGAUUUCAGGGACCACAGCUCUGCAGGAGGCACUGAAGGAGAAGCAACAACAUAUUGAGCAGCUAAUGGCUGAAAGGGACAUGGAAAGAGCUGAGGUUGCCAAAGCCACUAGUCAUGCUGGAGAGAUGGAGCAAGAAAUUACUCUGCUCAGGGACGAUCAGGAGCAGAUGGAGACAAAGAUGGAUCAGUUGCGUGCCUUGGUAGAAGCUGCAGACAAAGACAAAGUGGAGCUGCUAAAUCAGCUGGAGGAGGAGCGUAGGAAGGUGGAGGACCUUCAGUUUCGUGUAGAGGAAGCUUGUAUUACCAAAGGAGACCUGGAGACGCAGACCAGACUGGAGCAUGCCCACAUUAAGGAGCUUGAACAGAGCCUGCUCUUUGAAAAGACCAAAGCUGAGAAACUCCAAAGAGAGUUAGAAGACACUAGGGUUGCAACUGUAUCUGAAAGAUCCCGUAUUAUGGAGCUUGAGCGGGACCUUUCACUGCGAACAAGAGAGGUGGCUGACCUGCAGCUGCGUCUUGGGAUGCAGGAGGGCUCUGAGGAUUCAAACUCUACUCUUUCUCCACUCCUGGAGGAGAUAAAAUCUCUGAGGGAUCAGUUGGCUUCUCAAGAAGCUAAUCAGAGAGAAGAGCUGGGGAAAUACAAGGAGAAGCUGGAGGCUCAAGAAAAAGUCCAGAGUGAGACAGUUGCCCAGCUUCAGGCCUCAUCUGUAAAGCUCUCUGGUGACAAAGAGCAAUUACAGAUGCGCUUAAGCCAAGCUGAGAAGGAGAAUGCUGACGUUGUUGAACUGUGGCGUUCCAAGUUGGAGUCUGCUGUCGCCUCUCACCAGCAAGCCAUGGAGGAGCUGAAGGUGUCCUUCAGUAAAGGUGCAGGCGCCCAGACAGAAGAGCUUGUAGAAACCAAAAGUGCACUAGAGAAGCUAAAAGUGGAGCACAAGUUGGCACUCGAAGAUGCUGGAGCUAAACAUGAAGCGGAAGCCUCAGCUUGGACUCAGGAGAUGCAGGCGCUUAAGGCACAGCUGUUGUCUUUGACUGAGGACAAGGAGCGCCUGGAGGAUUCACUGAGGUCCAGUGUUGAGAGAGCAGAAGAGCAGCACCUUGUGGAGAUGGAGGAUGUUCUUGGGAAGCUUCAUGCUGCCGAGCUUAGAGUGAAGGAGCUCGAGGACAAGGAAACAUCGCAGGCAGAACAGGCUCAAGACAAGGACAGAGAAACCAAAGAGCAGAUGGCAGAAAUGGUGGCUCUGCGCAGCCAAGUAGCACAAAGUAACCAGGAGCUCGUGGCUCUAAAGAAGCAAUUGGAGGAGGUACAGAGCCAAGGAAACGACCAGGGUGCAAAGGUUAGUGAAUUGAGCUCUCAGUUGGAGGGCAAACAGCAGGAAGUUCUCUCCUUACAGCAGAGUCUGACGACUGUAAAGGAGGAGAAGGACACCCUGGAACAAGAGCUCGGAGGCCUGAAACAAAAGUUUGGCGAAAGCACAGAAGAGCAGAGUAAAUCUGCAAAAACUAUGCAAGAAACACUUGAGAAGCUCAGUAAGAAGGAGGAGCAGUGCAUAUCCUUGACCACGGAAUCAGAGUCUCUAAAAAGUCAGCUUGCUGGGCUGGAGAGGAAGCUGAAAGCUGCAGAUGAAAAGCUUGAGCAGCUUUCGAAGGACAAAAGCAAACUGGAAAAUGAUAUUUCUGACAUGAUGAAGGCAUCCGGUGAUAGUUCAGUACAGCUUACCAAAAUGAAUGAGGACCUAAUGCAGAAGGAAAGGAGACUUGAGGAGUUACAGAAUCAACUGGCUGAGGAGAAGGAGAAGGCAGCACACCUGAAUGAACAACUCCAGCAGGAACAGUCCCACAAAGAGCAGGAGCUGAAAGAAACCAGAGAUACACAUCAGACUCAAAUAAGUAGCCUUCAGGAGAAGAUUACUACCUUGGAGAAGACAGUUAAACAGAGUGAGACCCUGGCUGAGGAGCUGAAGGCUUCGCAUGAGAAGUCCCUCUCUCAGGCUUCAGAGCUCCAUGUAAAAGAACUUGAGGUGCGGCAGACUCAGGUUGAUAAGCUGAAUCAGGAUCUCUCUUCCUCCAAGAACAAAAACCAAGAGCUAGAGAAGUUGGUAUCUGAGCUGCAGCCAUACAAGGAACAGGUUCAGUGUCUUUCCGCUGAGCUUGACUCCUACAAGCAUGAUAUUGAACAAUUGUCCCAAAAAAUGGAAAAACUGAACCUAGAUCUGGAAAAUAUGUCAAAGGAAAGUGAGGAUGUUAAGGGUGAGAAAGGCAAACUAGAGAAGCAGCUUUUAGAUGUGCAGACUAAGCUUUCGGCCCUUGAGAUUAGUCACCAGCAACUUUCAGUCCAGAAUGAAGAACUGCUAAUAACCAGAGAUAAACUUUUCAAACAUGAAGAGGAACUGCUAGCUAACAGCAAGCAUUUAGAUGAAGAGAGGGUUUCAAUAAACAAGGAACUGGAUAUGCUUAAAGACUCUCUGCAAGAAGCACAGGCUGAAAAUAAACACCUGAAGCAUGGUAAUAGUGAAUACCUGGCCCAAAUUGAGGAGCUACAAAGACAAAAUGCAGAAAAAAAUGCUGCUCUUGUGAAGCAUCAGCAGGACAUCCAGCAAAUCGAGUCUAAAAAGAAGCAACUCCUUGAGGAUUACGACAACGUCUGCAAGGAGAGGAACCGGCUUGAAGAGGACCUCAGUGAAAGCAAGUCAAAGCUCACAUCUGAGAAAGACAAUCUGGUAUUAGAGAGAGAUGCUGCUAGAAAUGCCAAAAAGUCUCUUGAUGCUAAGAAUGCUGAGUUGCAGGCAAAACUUAAAUCCUUGAACCUAGAAAAAGAAGACCUAACACUGAAGAAUACCCAGCUCCAGGCCCAAGCAGAAACACUGACAAAGGAAAAAGUGGAGAUGUCCUCUGAAAUCAGUGCUGCUGUGUUGGACAAAAAGAACCUUGAGACAGUGAAGGAGGAGCUCCAGAAAAAGCUCAGUGUCGCAAAGAAAGAUUUGGAGAGCUAUGUCCGUGAAUGUGAGGAACUCAAAGCCUCAAAAAUGAGCUUGGCUCAGAUGUUGGAAGAGUUCAAGACGAGCAGUCAGGUGACCGACUCUGAAAGGCUUCACCUUCUGCAGGAGAAAGAAGACCUACUUGCGAGCCAAAGAAAAGUGUCGAAUGAGAAAGAAGAGCUCCUCAGAGAGAUACAAGAACUAAAGGAGAAGGUUCAAGUCUCCUCAGAACAACUCUCUCAGUCUAAUGAGAAAUUUAAAGAAGCAUUAUCAUCUUUUGAGCAAGAGAAGCAAGCGUUUCGCCUUCAGAACUCUGAAACUGAGAUGGCCUUGCAUGCUUUACGGAAAGAGAAGAUGAGCCUGGAUUCAGCGCUAGAGCAGCAGAAAAUGGACUGCGAGCGUUUGGCAGGGGAGAAGGGAGAGUUAGAAGAGAAACACACGAAGGCCAUAUCUGAGAAAAAUGCUUUGUCACUUGAGCGCGAUAAGCUAGCUAGUGAUAUCCGAACUGCUAAGGACCAAUUGGACAGUUCCUCCAGAACUAACACCGACCUCGUUCAAGAGAAAGCUCAUUUAACAACGAUGCUAGAGGAAACCAAACACCAGAAAGAUGAGGUUGAAGCAGAGAUGACCUCUCUAAAACGAGAAAAGUCUGACCUACAAAAUGAACUACAGAAACAGUGCUCGGAUAUUAAAACUCUUGAAAAGGGCAAAGCUGAACUUCUUGAGGAGCAUAGUAAACUAAAAAUGGAUUUUGAGAAGGCUAACUUGGAGCUUGUUAAACAAGUGGAAAAGCUUACGAAAGAUUAUCAGCAUCUUCAGUCACUGCAGACUGAGGCUGAUAAAAAAGUGCAGUCCUUGCAGAAAGACAACCAGGACCGUCUUCAGGAGAUCCAGGAGUUUAAGCAUCAGGCUGAAUCGGUGUCAGAGGCCAAGCAUGUCCUUGAGACUCAGCUACAGGCUGAAUCCACUGAACGGAAUAAAGCAAUAUCUGACAAGGAAAGUCUUUCCAAACAAAUUGAGGAACUGCAGAAAGCGUUGUCCAAAGUUACAGAAGAUAAUAAACAGAUAUCCUCUAACCUUAAGAAUACAGAUGAGCAAAAGAAGUCCUUUAUGGUGGAUAUGGAGGCUUUGAAAACACAAACGAAGCAGCAAGAGCAAGAAAAAAGUCAGUUAGCAGAAGAUAAAGUACAGCUUUUAGCUAAGCUUGAAGAGAUGAGCAAACAGAUGACUCUCCUGACUACAGAGAAGGAGGACCUUUCAGCCAGCCGCUGUAAAUUAGAGCAGGAGGUUUCUUCUCUCCACACAAACAAAGAAAAUUGGCUCGCAGAACGAUCAGAGCUUCUAAAACAGUUGGAGGGUUUGCAGACUAGCCAGAAACAACUAGAGGUUGAUGUCAAGGCCCUACAGACUGAUAAAGACAAUCUGGAAAAGCAAUACAAGAACGCCGUCGCAGAGGUAUCGGCUUCUGCCGUUGUCAAAGAAGAAAUUUCCUCCAGCAUCUCACAUCUAACUGCUCAGAAGGAUGCUCUGCAGGUGGAGAGAGAUGAAGCCGCCCAGCAAGUCAAGCAGCUCGAGUCACAGCUAAAAAAUGCAGUUUCUAAGCAGCUUGAGGCUACGGAGGCUUCUGGCAAGACUACUGAGGCUCUGGAACAGCUGACAAAAGAGAAAGCCACUUUGAUGCAGGAGAAGAACAAAAUCCAGUCUUUGUUAGAAGAGCUCCAGAGCUCCAAGCAGGAAACGGAGACCCAGCUGGAAUCUCUGAAGAAAGAGAAUUCCAAACAUCAAGAAGACCUGAAUGUAUCUAAAAAGCAGCUUUGCACAGAAACUGAGAAGACUAAGAGUCUGUGCCAGGAAAUUGAAGAGCUUAAAGAGGCAGUUUCUGUGAAGUCGCAGUCCCUGCAGACGCUCCAAGAUGAGAACAACAAGCUGACUCUUGAGCUUGAUAACAAUCACAGAGACCAGGGUGAUAUUGUGAAGCUCAAGGGUGAGCACUCAAAAGUUAAAAAGCAGUUGGAAGAGAUAAAGCAAAGUGAGAGCACCUUGAAGGAGCAGUUGGAAAAGGAGAAAGCUGCCCUCCAGCAGUCCACCCAUAAAAACAGUGCCUUAAUCACAGAAAAGGACCAGCAGGUGGAAAAGCUGAAGAGUGAGCUGGCUGGACUGCGUGGGGAAAGUGCCUCAGUUAAGACACUGCAGGGUACAGUUCAGGCCUUGGAGCAGGACAAAGCUAAUCUGCAGGAGCGUAUUCAGAGACUGGAGAAGGACCUGGCUGCAGGGCCUGACACCAUCAACAAGUCCUCAGGUGAUGCGGUUUUGGACCAAUUGAGGGAGGAUAAGGAGACUGCAGAGAGUCAGGCAGCGAUUGAUUUCCUGAAUUCAGUCAUUGUUGACCUCCAGAGGAAGAAUGAGGAACUCAAGGACAAAUUGGAGAAAAUGGCAGCUGCUGCUCUGAAUGGGAAUAAUCCAAGUGAGCUGGAUAACUAUGAUAGCCAUGACAAGCAACCCACGAAGAAGAAGCCUCCGCCAAGACUGUUCUGUGACAUCUGCGACUGCUUCGACCUCCACGACACCGAGGACUGUCCCACGCAAAUGCAGAUGCCCGACUCCCCUCCCCACACCACCUACCACGGCAAUAAGGGUGAAGAACGGCCAUACUGCGACAUCUGUGAGGUCUUUGGCCACUGGACCGAAUCCUGUAACGAUGAUCAGACCUUUUAAAGCCUUUUUAAACCCUCGUUCGCACAAUCACUAUAUUUGCACAUCAUGUUAGGUUCUGCUAUGCUUUUGGGAUCAUAGUUUUUGUGUGCGCGCAUUUUUGUGUGCUUGUUUUUGCCAAGCAUAUUUGUUGUCCACGCCAGCCCUCAAGCGCUCUUACAGGAGAACCAUCUCCACAGAAUCUCUUUCCAAAAAGUCAGACAUCCAACAUUAAAAAAAAAAAUACAGGAGUUAACAGUUUUUAUUUGUAAUUGUAAAUGACUGUCUUGGAAAAAUGUUUGAUAUCCUGGGAUUGUGUGAGUGAGAGGAUACCGUAGGCGGAUGUAUUAUUCUGGGAGAAACAAUGGUCUUCUUCAGAUCUUUUUAAUUUAUCAAUACUCUUACAUUGUUUGCACAGCUUGUCGGAGGGGUUACAAAGAUAAUAUAGUAUCAUAAAAGGUGUUUAUUUGAAACUGUAAAUUACUUGAUCGAAAAACAAAUGUCAGUUUUGCGCAAAAAUUGGUGAGCGAUAUAGUUUAUUUUUGUAUGCCUGGAAAUACUAUGUACUCUUUAAAGGUUUGAUAGUAUGUGUGUAAUUUUGUGACGGGGGAGGGAUUUGCUCGCUCUUGUCUGGAGUGGAGCUGUGAAACCCAGAGCUGUUUGGCUUUAAUAGGAACUUUUUUUUAUGGCCUUUCUAUAAGGACAGCUGGAAGAUUGGUAAGAGAGAAACAGUUAAAUUCGAAGCACUUCAUACUUACUGUAAGCCCUCGGUUCCAGUAAAAUGGCCUUUCCAAAAAGUUUCGUAUUGAUUAAAAGAUCAUAUCUGUUUGAAACAAUGAAACACUUAGGCAUUUCUUUAAACAUGUUUGGAAUAUCUGUAUAAAAAUAAAUAAAAUUUAUGGAUUAAAUAAAAAA